AUGGCGAUUAAUUUUGGCAGAAUUUCCAUCGGUAUAUACGUUGAGAUAAAGCGAAGUGAUGGACGAAUACACCAAGCAAUGGUGACCUCACUAAACGAAGACAAUGAAAGUGUAACAGUGGAAUGGAUAGAGAAUGGAGACACCAAAGGGAAAGAGAUUGACUUGGAAUGUAUAUUUGCACUAAACCCAGACGUUGCUCCUGAGGAGGAGAUCUCCUCCAGCCCUGUGACCCCGCCCCCUCCCAGUGCUGUCAAGGUCAACAAGAUACCUAAGAAUCGGAGGACUGUUGCGCCCAGUAAGUUGGAGCCCCCGUCCAGAGAUAAUAGAGCAGCUGGGUCAACGCGAGCCCGACCUGGGUACCAGGCUCAGCAAGAGACAGCGCCUCCCCCUCCGUCCCAGCAACCCACCCAGCAGCAACAGCUAGCCAAUGCCAGGAGGAAGUCAAACUGUGUGAAGGAAGUAGAGAAACUGCAAGAGAAGAGAGAGCGGAGGAGGCUACAGCAACAAGAGCUGAGAGAGAAAAGAGCGCAGGAGGUUGACACGACAAUUCCCAACUAUGAAAUAAUGCAGAUGAUCAGAGAUUUCCGAGCCAGCCUAGACUAUCGACCAUUAACCACCGCCGACCUGAUUGAAGAACAUAGAAUAUGUGUUUGUGUAAGGAAACGCCCCCUCAAUAAAAAAGAACUUUCUGUGAAGGAACUGGAUGUGAUCACAAUUCCCAGUAAAGACGUGGUGAUGGUUCACGAGCCCAAACAGAAAGUGGACUUGACUCGCUUUCUAGAGAACCAGACCUUUCGCUUCGACUACGCCUUCGAUGACAGUGCAACGAAUGAAAUGGUUUACAGGUUCACAGCCAGGCCACUGGUGGAGACUAUCUUUGAGAGAGGAAUGGCCACAUGUUUCGCCUAUGGACAAACAGGCAGUGGAAAAACUCAUACUAUGGGAGGAGAUUUUUCUGGAAAGAACCAGGACUGCUCAAAAGGAAUCUAUGCAUUAGCAGCCAGGGACGUUUUCCUCAUGCUGAAGAAACCCAACUACAAAAAGCUGGAUCUGCAGGUGUACGCCACCUUUUUUGAAAUCUACAGCGGAAAGGUGUUUGACCUGUUGAAUCGUAAGGCCAAACUGCGGGUGCUGGAGGAUGGGAAGCAGCAGGUACAGGUGGUCGGACUGCAGGAGCGAGAGGUCAAAUGCACUGAGGAUGUCCUCAAGCUUAUCGAAAUAGGAAACAGCUGCAGAACGUCUGGUCAGACUUCGGCCAACGCUCACUCGUCCCGUAGCCACGCCGUCUUCCAGAUCAUUCUGCGCAGGAAGGGGAAGAUGCACGGCAAAUUUUCGCUGAUCGACCUGGCGGGAAACGAGCGCGGCGCCGACACCUCCAGCGCCGACCGGCAGACCCGACUGGAGGGCGCGGAGAUCAACAAAAGCCUGCUCGCUCUUAAGGAGUGUAUCAGGGCCUUGGGUCGGAACAAACCACACACACCGUUUCGAGCCAGUAAGCUGACCCAGGUUCUCAGAGACUCUUUCAUUGGGGAAAAUUCCAGAACAUGUAUGAUUGCCACUAUCUCUCCUGGGAUGGCCUCAUGUGAGAACACCCUGAACACACUACGAUAUGCCAACAGAGUAAAGGAGUUUGGAAUUAGUCCCUCAGACAUCCCCUUCUCACAGGGGGGAGGAAACCGCUCUGAACUCUCUCCUACCUAUGAGUAUGAUGACUCGCUUAUACCCGCCCCCUCUCCACGCAGGGUUAAGGAACUAACCGUGGACCCCAACGCGGUGACGGAGGGGGUGCGUCCCAACACUAACAUCAGCAAUCAGUUGGAUGUGAUGGAGGAGGAAUGGGACCUGAGGAACUCGCCCCAGAGAGACGACCUCAAACUGCUGUGCGAACAGAAUGAAGAGGAGGUGUCACCUCAGCUCUUUACCUUCCAUGAGGCGGUGUCCCAGCUGGUGGAGAUGGAGGAGCAGGUGCUGGAGGAUCACAGAACCGUGUUCAAGGAGACAUUCAGGUGGCUGGAGGACGAGAGGGUUCUCUUGGAGAUGACGGAGGAGGUGGACUACGACGUGGACUCCUACUCUUCUCAGUUAGAGCACAUCCUGGAUCAGAAGAUCGAAGUCCUCAUCGAACUCAGAGACAAAGUGAGAUCUUUCCGUUCGGCGCUCCAAGAAGAAGAACAAGCCAGUAAGCAGAUUAAUCCCAAGAGACCACGCGCUCUUUAAACAGAGAGCCCCCACCUCCCCACCCGCAAGAGGAUGACUGCUACACGUCUAGUGUUUGAAGUCAACCUUUCAUUCUCUCA